CUACGACGGGUGUGGCACAGUAUCCUCGUGGCGUCACCACGUGGCAGAUACAAGCCCUGCGGGCUGGACUUCCCUAACGAGCGCCAACGCACGCCACGACAACAGAAAGGGGAAGACCGAGCUGCCGGAGAGAGAGAGAGAGAGAGAGGGGCGAGAGGGACGGCAGAGAACAUGCCGACGACCGUCGCGUUUCUACCCCCCGUCUUCGUUCCUUUCGUGACCGCGGCCUCCUCCUCCGUUUCGCUGUCUCUCUGCUGCCGUCCGUCAGCGUCUUUACGUUCCCCUUCCGGUUCCCCCUUUGAACCCUCGAAGCCCCGGUUGCCCAUCAUCGUCGCCUGCACCGCCGCUCCGUUCAAUGAAUUCGAGGCCAAGGUCAGAGCCCAGAAGCAAUUGUGCAUGGUAGCUGAAUUUUCAGAAUCAACCUGCCUGGGGGUGGAAGAAACUAUUCACUGUGGUACAUGGCCUCCUUGCAUCUCUCUCUCUCUCUCUCUCUCUCUCUCUCUCUCUCUCUCUCUCCAAAGAUGCAUUUUAAGAAAGCCCCCACCUCACUAUGAUAAUAUGACAGAUGGUGCCUUAAAUGUUGGAAAAGAUGAAUGUGCAGAAGUUGUCGAGAACACUUGGAUUCAGUUUCAGCCUCUCGUAUCAGUCCCAUGGGAUUCUCUUGCAUGCCUUCUUUUCUGGUGCAUGCUCUUGGGCCACCACCUUAGAGGCCUCGAGUACCUGUUGGAGCUCAUGCAACUUUUCAGAGAGUCUGUCAAAGUAGAAACUAUAUCCCAAGAAGGUGACAAUGAUGCUCGAGAGCUUCAGACGACUCUAAUUUUUUCGGUUUGCCGAAGAAGGCUGUUUGAUGAGCCAAGUAUGACCCUUAUUCGGCAGGGAUGAAGGUUUGAUUGCGCUUAAACUGGUAACAAAUUUGGCAGCUGAAAUUAACACCGAAAGAGAGUGGCCAUAUGGCAACUCUCAGAUCAAAAAGCCUUGCCUAGUAAUCGGACAUCAAAGCUGCAAUUUUUUGCUCUCUAUCAAUGAGUAGAUUAAUUGCUCAAGUACAUUUAGUGUUUUCCAUUUAAUUUUCAAGGCGGGCCAGGUAAUGAUGGAUACUUCGUUUCUGUCGAUAUUUCGUGAAGUCCUUAUCAACUCGAAGCAGUUGUCAUAUAUUGUACAUGUUUUGUGUUUUUUGGAUGCAAAACGACAUAUGCACCCUAAAGACCAACUUCACGCAUGUCUAGUCAUUUUCUUCUUUUUUUCUCAUUUUGGUGCUUCUAUCUGUGUGCAGACGUCUUUGUCGGAUUCUCCCAGCGUUUAGUCAGUCCUUCCACUCGACAACUGGAGAGCUGCCCGAGUGUUAAUGCUUGUCUCCCGGCAUGAAGGUAACUUUACAUUCUGACUCUCUUGUUACGAAGGUUAUCUUCCGGACUUUUUGCGCAACACCUUAUUGCCGAUCGUCUUUUCUCACAUGACCCGCGACUGUCUCAUGCAUGUCGUCGUGCUUCUUCCUCCUCCGGUUGCUAAUGCUGUCGCCCACAAAGUUGGGUGCGUUUGUCUGGGAUGUCAUGAUCGCAUGCAGCGCAGUGGGAGCAAUUGUCCCAUGACGAUCUUUUCGGGCCAAUCACUGUUGCAGCUCACGAGCGGGACAGAGGGAGAAGAAGAGAAAGAGAAGGGGGUCGGAAUCGUCUUACCACAUGCACU